AUCAAUUAAUUCAGGCAAAUAUAUCACUAUAAUGAAGGUGUUGGAUGAUAUUCUUUCCUUCUUCGCAUUGGAGACGUUGGACACGCGUCUUUUCCCUCCACUGGACUUGGUGAAGCGGGAAUCGAUCAAAAAAAAGGUCAAUCCCAAAUCUCGGUGGGGAACUCUUGAAUUUAAAAUUUACUUAUUGGUGUUUGCUGUAUUUGUGCCAUUGUUGUAUAAGACGGCCAUGGAUGCCUCGAAUGAAACCAACCCCAAUUAUCCCCGGUACGAGCGGCUAUUGAGCCCUGGAUGGAUGUUUGGAAGGAAAGUCGACAAUUCUGACCUGCAAUAUCGGUUUUUCAGAGAUAACUUCCCGCUACUUGUGGGGUUGAUUGUGAUACAUGUCACAUUGAGACGGGUGGUGAGCCCCUUGUUGGGUUUGACGAAGCGCACGCAGUUUGACUUUGGCUUUGGCUUGGUGUUCUUGUUUGGAGCUCACGGGUUCAAUGUAUUCAAGGUGUUCAUUCAUCUUGGUAUCAAUUAUGCUAUUGGUAAGUAUAUCAAAUCGCACAAAGUUGCAUACUACGCGACGUGGAUCUACGGGAUCCUGUCGUUGUUCCUCAAUGAUCGGUAUCGGAGCUUCAAGUUUGGUGUGAACUUUGUGGACUAUGGGUUCAAGGGAAUCAUCGAGAGAUGGGAUGUAUUUUACAAUUUUACGUUGUUGAGAAUGCUUUCGUUCAACUUGGAUUACUUGGAGAGGAAACAGGCGUUGUACGACUCAAAGAAGGAGAUCAAGGAAGAUAAACUAGUAGGUCUUGAUGACAGACAACGCUUGAGUGCUCCUUUUGAUAUCGGAGAAUACAGCUUGUUCAACUACGUUGCUUACUUGACAUACACUCCCUUGUUUAUUGCUGGCCCAAUAUUGACGUUCAACGAUUAUUUGUACCAAUCGAACUACGAGACUCUUGCGUCUGUUAAGAAUCACAAACGGACGUUUGUGUAUGGAGUUCGGUUUUUAUUCUGUGUGCUUGUGAUGGAAUUCUUGUUACACUUCAUCUACGUUGUGGCAGUUUCCAAGGCUAAGGCGUGGACUGGCGAUACUCCGUUCCAAAUUUCCAUGAUUGGGUUAUUCAACUUGAACAUUAUCUGGCUCAAGUUGUUGAUUCCUUGGAGGAUGUUUAGGCUUUGGGCGUUGAUCGAUGGGAUUGAUCCACCAGAGAAUAUGAUCAGGUGUAUGGACAACAACUACUCGGCAUUGGCAUUCUGGAGGGCUUGGCACCGGUCGUUCAACAGGUUUAUCGUCAGGUAUAUCUACGUUCCUAUGGGAGGUGGAGGACAGAACCGGAUCCUUAACAGCUUACUUGUGUUCAGCUUCGUGGCCAUUUGGCACGACAUCGAGUUGAAGUUAUUGUUAUGGGGAUGGCUCGUAGUAUUAUUUUUAUUACCUGAAAUCACUGCCACCUUAUACUUCCAGAAGUACCUGGGAAAAUGGUGGUUCAGAUACUUGUGUAGUGUGGGUGCGGUUUUAAACAUCUGGAUGAUGAUGAUAGCUAACUUGUUUGGGUUCUGCUUGGGAAAGGACGGUACCACUUUGUUAUUGAGAGAGAUCUUUGAGACUUUUGACGGUAUCAAGUUUUUUGUGGUGUCCCUGGCCGUGCUUUUUGCAGCCACGCAGGUGAUGUUUGAGAUGAGAAAUAGUGAGAGGCGGAAGGGCAUCGAUGUGAGGUGCUAAGCAUUUGGAUACAAGGAAACCGGGUUGACAGAAGAAAUGUCUGACACGAGAUGAGAUAACUAAAAGGAAGAUGGUGAGGUGAGAUAACUAAAGACAUCAACAAGAUGGUGAACAUAACAGUACCUAUCAAAAUAAUUCAUGAGAGUUCUGACCCAUACACCCACCCACACGAUAUGUUUGCAGUAAAUAUACGUUUAUGAAUCAACA